AUGUCGCCUUAUCAGCCUCAACAGCAAAAGUCCCGCGGUUCUUGCCAGCAGACGGGCUGGUAUCCUCACCCGGCCCAGGCAUCCAGACCUCGACUCAUGCUGCCCCUGACCACCAUGGCCUUUUCUUCCCGGCGGUCCACCGCGCCUUUCCCCACGUCUGCACACGUUCUUCCUGCCUUGUGUCCCGUCACUGCUGAUGGGAUCAUGCCCCAGCCCGGUGAGAACUACCCCUACUGCCAGGGCGGUGUUAUGCUCAAUGGCAUAGAUGAGGUCAAACGGCCUAUAUACGCCGUUGGCUCCCAGCGUCGCCGGGGCAUUCUCUCCAGCGCUCUUGACUGCCCUGUUGUCACUGUAGCUGGCACUCGCAAUUCAAAGAGCACAUGCGAUCCGGUAAAGAAUGUCGGUGGCAAGUUGCCUUGCCCUUACUGCAACACGACCUACAUGCGAAAGAGCCACUUGAAGCUUUACCUGUUGCGCCACACGUGCGCCCUGUGUGGUAAAACUUUCUCGCUAACUAACCCUCUCGACAGUCAAAUCAUCCGCCGACGUAGACCAGUUUGUGUUGUCGUUCACUUAUCUAGCCCCCAGAUUCAUGCCGAGAAGAAAGCUGCUAGGCGAAGAGCAGCCCUUAGUCAGAAUCACGGUCUGAACCACAGUCAUGAUCCGGGUAUCAUGCCUGCAGAUGGCACGGCUCAGCUCUUUGGUGUGAUACUCGCGUCGGACGGGUUGAGAAAUCAUGCACACCACCGACGUCAGUCCUUGCUUUCCAUCUGCUCAGAUAGGCUUGAUGAUGGCGGUUAUCAAGACGAACGACAUUUGACAGACUCUGCCAUUGAUGUUUCUGGCCAAGUUGGCAAGAUGCAGAAGUACAACAUGCCGGUCCAAGACGAGACGUUCUCCCAAGGCGGGCCCGACGUGGACCAACAAACAGGCCUCGACGGAAUUCAGUUUUGUCAUUUGAUCUGGAAGGUGCUGGCUGCCGCAUCGCUCGAUGAUCUGAUUGUCUUCGGGAGCGCGUCUCAGCAUCAUGAGGAAGCUUGUGAGACUUCAUCAGCUACCGAGAAGUACAUUCAAUAUCUUGAACAUUUCGACGUCUUCACUGGCAUGUCCUCUAUACCCCACACUGCACCGGAUCAACUGCACCUUCUCUACGACUAUGCGAUGGACGUCUAUCCCAAAGCUCAAUCCUAA